AUGGGCGCUGAAGAGGAUCGCUGGGGCUUGUCAAUGCUCCACCGGUGUGGCCUCCGAUUAACAGGGGCUGAGAAUCAGGAUAUUCGUCUUCUCAUCCGUAUGACUAGGCGACGUUUCACCGCAAUUAACGAGUCGGGUAAUCCCCUGUUAUCAGGCCUGUGCUUUCUUGCCCAGAAGUACCCAAGUAUCCGCAACACCAUGCUCGCCCUCGCCGGCACCAUGCGCUCAUGGCCGGCGUCAAUCACCGGCUCGAACACAUCGGGACCCGCGUACACCGCGUGGUUGCCCAUUCCAACGGAUCCGCAUAAUUCCCUCCAACAGCCUGCCAAUAGCGUCCCAUCAUCCACGUUACUCCGCUACCAGUCUGCGUUAGCAGACUUGCAACACAAAAUAGCAACUCUCGAUCAGACCGCGCAAGUUGAGGAAGAUGAAGUCGUUGAGCUCCUCGGCUCGGUUCUAGUCCUCAUAUGCGCUGGAUUCCCUAGCUCCUCUGGACCUUCGGCCAAGAGCGCCGAUUGGGCGCUGCAUAUUUCCGGCAUUAUCUCUGUAAUCGAUUUUCUUGACCCGCGAGUCGUGGAUUGUGCCGGAGAUGUGCCCCGUCUCGCGAGAGAAAUCGCGGCGUAUCUGGACAUCGGGGCGUUUUCGCUGGGUAGGGUAGGGUGGAGGGACAGGGGCGUAAGGUUAGCUUGGUUAAAGUGGAAGAUCGCGCCUCCGGAUGUGAUGGCGCCCACGGAGGGCAGCGACAAUGGCUUUUCACCUACAGAGAUUAUAACGGGUUAUCCGAGGUCUCUAGUUACUAUCAUUGCUGCCCUAUCUGCGGUACUGGAAUCAGGGGGCCUACCUCGGGGGUAUGGGGAAGAGGUUGAUCUGUUGGUCCGUGAGACUGUCAUCAGACUCUAUGAACGGACCUGUGAGAUAUCUGACGACUACCCUCCUCCCGUAGCUCGACCAUACAACCAGGAGGGUCUGACCUCUAUGAAGGAGGAUCUUUUUUCCAAAUUAGAGACGAUCCUCACACUCUGGAGACACCCAUCGAUACCGCCUCAUUUUUCCACGCAGCUCUCGCUAGCCUUGACGACGACCUGGGAAAUCAUGCGCAAAGCGUCCCUGAUCUUCUUGUGGCGCGGAGGGUUCCAAACGAGCGUGUUGACCCCGCUAACCUCCUCCCGCGCGAGCACCACCCUCAAGUUCAUACGUGAAAUACUGGUGGGACUUCAUGCCCUCAUUAACAUGUACGAUGAGCAGCGCAUAACUAUCAUGAACGUUAUGACGUGGCCUGUUGUCGUCGCUGCAAACGAGUGCGGUGCCGAUAUCGGAUUACAAAAGGAAAUCACGGCGCUGCUACGGGGCAUGCAUUUGCGCUUUAGCGUCCACCACAUUGAGCACAUUCUUUUACUACUGCAGGAGUUGUGGCGGCGGGUGCGCGUGAACGGGCCCAGUGUGGGUGUUCAGGGUGGAAUUCAUCAAUCGGGACUUCCUCUAGCAUGCGAUGAAAAUAGGACAAGUCUGGAGGCUGUCAGCCAGGACAUGAGGUUUUGCUUGCCACUGUAUUAG